AUGCCAAUUAAAACUUUAGAAUCUUAUUUGUUUGAAAGAGGUUUGGUUGGAUCAUAUCCAAUUGACAUCUUGAAAAAUGCUACUAUUGGUAUUGAUGUUAACCAUUAUUUAUCAAGAAUAAUCAAUAAUAAAAAGAAUAAUCAAUUAACUGAUGCAAUUGGUGAAUUCUUACCAAACAAUUUAAAUCACUUUUUAGAGAACGAUUUAAAAAUAUUUGAAGAGAAUAAAAUCACUCCAAUCUUUGUCUUCAAUGGUUUAUUAACAGUUAACCAAGCUGAAUACCAUCACUCAAAUGCUAGAUUUAAUGAAGGUGCUGUCAAUAAUUUGGAAGAUAUUAACACUAACAUCUUCUUCAACAAAUUCAAGAUUUCUAACCAUAGAGAUAAAGCUUGGAGAUCAUAUGAAUAUUCUGUAAAAAAAAAUCAAGAAACGUAUAUAGAUCAACCAGUGGUUCCACAUUUAAGUGAAAACUUUAACUACGCUAAUAACAUUAACUUUUCAACAAAUUUGAAGAAUUAUUUGAUUAGAUUUUUCAUUGAACGUAAAAUUAGUUACCAAGUUGCUCCAUAUUCAUCUUGGUUGCAGUUAUCAUAUCUUUAUGACUCUGAAUUCAUUGAUAUAAUCUAUGGGCCCACUGAUUGUUUAAUGUUACCGAACAUGGAAAAAUUCAUUAUUGGUAUGGAAUUCUUAAACAAAGAAUUUAGAUUUAUCGAUAAAACUAAGAUUUUGAAGGAUUUGGAUCUAACGAAUGACGAAUUUGUUGACAUAGCAAUGGUGCUUGGUAAUGACCUACAACCUUUGACUUUACCUCCUUUAAAUACUAUUAAUCUUCCAACAAAUAAAAUGCCAAAUUCUUCAAACAAUGGUUCUAAUAUCAAUACCAAUGCGAUAGUUGAUAUGGCUAUUGACAUGGUAUAUAAUACUGGUACAAAUUUUUACGUUUACCAAUUGAACAACCUAUUACAGGAUAAUAAUAAAAAAAAUUUACAAUUUUAUCAAAGAGGUUAUUCGUCAUUGAAAAACAUGCCUGUUCUCCAAGCAAACGGUAAAGUCCAACUUUAUUCGAGUGAAAGUGUUCUAAAUGCGAGAGAUUUGGAUAAAAAGAAAAAUAAAUCAACUGAAACUGGAAGUAAACAAAUUACUGCUGACAAACAAUUAACAACUCAAUAUGAAAUUCCAAAUGACGUUUACGAUUUUAUAGGACAACAAUUACCUGCUGAAUAUUAUUUCUAUCAAUCAAUUGGUUUACUCGAUACUAAAUUACUUGAGACAUUAACUUCAGGAUUCUACUAUGAAGAUAUCCCAUUUAGCGGUGUCCCAACAAAAUCUUAUAAACAAUUGAUUAAAAAAUCUGCAGAAGUUUUCAAAGACCUAGAGAUUGGACUUUUAACUUCUCCUAUAAAUAGAUAUUAUCAAAUUAAAACCAUAAAGGCCAUUAUAUAUAAUAAUGUCUCUGGAGAAAACCCGGAUGAAAUUCAGUUAACAAAUAAGGUGACUCCACCGACCUUCGAUAAAAUAAAUAAAAUUGUUGUUAAAACCAAGACUAAUCAACAAUUUACUAUCAAAUCAUUUGUUAAACUGUUAUCCAACUCAAAAGAUCUCACAAAAGAUUUUACAUCUGAAAUUGUACUAUUUCCGAAUACAGUUUCAAGCGAAGAUAAGUUAAAUGUAGCCUUCGAUCUACUGGCAACUAAUUUAUUGAGAACUCUCUGUCUAUUAGGUAUUUUUGAAUAUGAUGUGAAAGCCAAAUCACUAGAACCUACCAAAUGGGGUAAACUGUUAUUGAACUUUCCUCAUUUAAACAUUACCGAAACAAACUAUUCUGCAUUGUUAGUUUUAAUGAUUUUCAUAAAAUUAAACGUCUUACCAUUUACAGAUAGUUUAGAAACAACAGCGGUUUCGACAUUAUCAAAUGCAACUUUACGUUCAUAUCCUGUUGAGAGUUCAUAUAUAGAUAUAUUAUCACGUCUAUUGACAUUGUAUCAGAUUGGAUUAGAAAAUUCUAGCAAUGACUCAAGUAAUAAUUCUAAUUAUCAUGGCCCAAUUGAUAGAUCAUCUUUGAUUGUCAAGGAUCACUUUGAUUACAUUAACAAUAAUUUAAAAGAACUAUUCCAAUCUGUUUUGGUUGCAUCAUUGGCAUCUGGCGAAUUCAAUAGAUUAUCAUUGAAGGGAAAUACAGCUUGGCAAUCUGAAAUUAUUGCCAGAUUACCAUUCAAUGAAGAAAAUACAAAUACAAUUAUGUCAAUGAUGUGGGAAUAUUUCUUACAGAAAUAUUUACACAACGGUAACACCAAAACGGAUGCUUUAGCUUUUGUUUCCACAGAAUUCAAGACUUUGAAAAUAACCACUGAAAUUGAUGAAAAAUUCAAUGAUUCUCUAAAGUUCUUAAAAGAGGUUUUAGUUUUAUCAAAAGAAUUAAAUGAAUCCAAUUUAAUGAAUUCAAAAGAGUACGAAAUAAUUGGAAAGUCUUUGGAAUUUGCCGAAAAGGCUUUGUCUUCUUAA